AUGAGAGCUAGGAGCAUAGUAUAUUUUCCAAAUAUUGACCUCUCCUUGGUCCCACAGGUGCAAUCCUGCUUUACAUUUUUGGCUGCUUCUGAUUUUCAUGAGAAUAACGUCCGUGUUAAGCCAGACCUUGAUGCCCUUGGUGUUCUUGGUGAUACUGGGUGGUACUGCAUCAGGGCAAUCCUGUUUGCUGCUGACUAUGAACUGCCUAAAUCAGUGAGAGCUUUGCCUGGUCCUGUUCUUAAUCAAACAGGGGUACUCAAAUCAUGCGGGGCUUCUCUAAUAUGGGAAGAUGGGAAAGUAGCAACCUUCACUUGCUCCUUCGAAGCCAAUUCGACAAUGAAUGUAACUGCUAUUGGAACAAAGGGAACUUUGCAGGUUCAGGACUUCGUUAUUCCUUUUAAAGAGGACAGGGCUGCUUUUUCCACUGGUAUAGAGUCUGGGUUCAAUGAACUCGUGACAGGGUGGAGAACAAUGCCAAGCGAGCAUGUCGUCACAACAGAUCUCCCUCAGGAAGCUCUCAUGGUGAGGGAAUUUUCCGGUUUGGUUGCAGACAUUAAAAGAAAUGGUUCAAAACCUGAACAAAAGUGGCCAACUCUCAGUAGGAAGACGCAGCUGGUGCUGGAUGCUGUGAAGGCCUCAAUCGAGAGGGGGCUUGAGCCUGUUAAGGUGUAGUGGGUUGAUAAAACUUUCCCAUCCAAUGCUCUGUUUGCUUGGUUUUUAGUGUCUUGGGUUUGAUUAGUGCUGCUUUUGAAUGAACUUUGCUGAACGCUGCCUAAUUAAUAAAUAAAGAAGGCUUGUUUCUACCUUA